CAACGCGCAGGCAGCGUCGCGUGCUGCCGUUUGUUGCGGGAGGGCGAAGGAAGAUGGAGGAUACCAUCAGAGACCCCGAAACCGGUGGUGAAGCAGGAGGAGAAGAUGCUUUAGUGGGCAAUGUUAACAAGCUGCUGGUGGUCCCUCAAGGUUACAUGGGGGCGAAACGGAAGGGGCACCUCAUCUUUGACGCCUGCUUUGAGAGCGGUAAUCUUGGCCGCGUGGAUUACAUCAGCGAAUUUGAGUUUGACCUGUUCAUCAGGCCAGACACUUGCAACCCACGCUUCAGGGUCUGGUUCAACUUCACGGUGGAGAAUGUUCGUGAGACUCAGAGGGUUAUUUUCAACAUUGUCAAUUUCAGCAAGACCAAGAGCUUGUACCGGGAUGGAAUGUCUCCAGUGGUGAAGUCCACCAGCCGACCCAAGUGGCAAAGACUCCCCUCCAAAAACGUGUACUACUACCGCUGCCCUGACCAUCGCCGCAACUAUGUCAUGUCCUUCGCCUUCUGCUUUGACCGCGAGGAUGACAUUUACCAGUUUGCCUACUGCUUCCCCUACACCUACUCACGCCUGCAACACUACCUGGACAGCCUGGAGCGCAGGAACCUGGACUUCCUGCAGAGGGAGCAGCUGGGCCUCAGUGUGCAACAGCGUCGCCUGGACCUGCUGACCAUCACCAGCCCGGUACAUCUAAAACCAGGGAAGGAGAAAAAGGUGGUUUUCCUCACGGCCCGUGUGCAUCCGGGGGAGUCUCCUGCCUCUUUCAUCUGCCAAGGCGUCAUCGACUUCCUCGUCAGCCAGCACCCAGUGGCACGAGUCCUGCGUGAUCAUGUGGUCUUCAAGAUCGUGCCCAUGCUGAACCCUGAUGGUGUCUACUUGGGAAACUACCGGUGCUCCUUGAUGGGGUUCGAUCUCAACCGGCACUGGCAGGAGCCCUCCCCAUGGGCACACCCCACCCUGCACGCAGUCAAGCAGCUCAUCCUCCACAUGAACCAGGAGCCUAAGGUGAGCCUGGAAUUCUACAUCGACGUGCAUGCCCACUCCACCAUGAUGAACGGCUUCAUGUACGGCAACGUGUUUGAGGACGAGGAGCGUGUCCAGCGCCAGGCCGUCUUCCCACGCCUGCUCUGCCAAAACGCGCCUGACUUCUCCCUGUCCAGCACGUCCUUCAACCGUGACGUGGUCAAGGCCGGCACAGGCCGGCGCUUCCUGGGGGGGCUUCUGGACGACAUGUCCUACUGCUACACGCUGGAGGUCUCCUUCUACAGCUACUUGGCUGCAGGCAGUGCGGGGCCUGUCCCCUACACAGAGGAUUCCUACAUGAAGUUGGGCAGAAAUGUGGCCCGGACAUUUCUGGAUUUCUACAAGCUUAACCAUUUAAUCGAUGGGACAAAAGCAGUGGGUCACAUGAGCAGUGGCUCAGAUGGCCUAUCCGGCGGUCGCCAAGGGAACGGCAAUGGCAGGAGCCAGGAGGAAGAGAAGCCUGACAGGAAGGUCCAUAGUGUGAGAGACACCUAAGCUUCAGUCAGCAUGUGUCCUCCCGGGCCAGACUGGCCCCCUUCCUCGCCGUCGGCAGCGAGUCUGGAGCAGUGGCCUGUGUGCUAUUCCCUUCCGGUCUGGUAUCCUGUGCCAUUUCCCUCCUGGUCUGACACAUCCACCCGCAUCCCUUGCGAGCCUCUCUCACCUCCAUGCUGCUGGCCUGCAUGACCAGGCUGGCCUGAGAGAAGGGUUUACAAACAUCCUUUAUGGUCCCAAACACUUUCUACUUCUGUGUUUUUACUCUGUGUUUUACCACAAUGUUUUUUUUUACAUAGAAGAUUUCUGUUAAACUUUUGUUAAACUAGUUAAAGCGUGAGUUCUCUGUUUCCUUGUGGUGGGUAAUUUAUUAAUUUAUCAACAUGCAAUAUAUAAGUAUAAUGAGUUUUAGGAAAACUCAGUGGUCCUGAAAACCAACCAAUUCCUUUCAGAAGACACUUUCAGUGAACCUGAAAUUAAAUGUGAUGUUUGUGAACAUUUCAAAAUCACAUGUAUGUUUCUCACCAAAGUUUAUUUUUUUUAGAUGUUUUUUGAUGAAUUGUAGUAGGAUGCUGUUUCUUUACCCAUAAUUCAUCAUGGGCCAGGACAAAUCUGCAGGGUUAAGUCUGAUGUGUCCAUGUGCUUCUCCGUCCACCGGGACACGGCACAGUCACAUCAGACAGGAAGUGAUGUCAGAAGGGGCCGGGUGGCCGAGAGGCCCAAUAAGGCCAUCCAGUGUGUAGAGUAUCGUGGAUUCUUCAUGGUAGUCAUGUGACACAAAUAAGGGAUUUGGAAAGAACCACAAACAAGUCAUGAAAGGACGGAGGAUGAUGAUAGAAUGUGACUGCGAGUCCCCGUGGAUGCUGGUGACAGACAUGUGUGAAAGCAGCUAACCCGGCAGGGGCGUGUCACACUUUAAUCACUGUUAUAAAGUCAGACGCUCCCUUCACGGCGCCUUGUUCUCCGACGAGGUGUCAGGCUGGGAAAUGAAGCGCCUGGCAGCUUGCGGAGACAUCCCGGAAAUCAGUCAGUCUUCCUCCCCUCCGUCCGGCCGAAUCGAAUGUGCCGCUUUGUGCUUAAUGAUGCCCAACAAGAGAUGGGCUUUUUUUCUGAGCCAUUCCGUUAACUCUGAUAUAAAUCAUCCCCCCCCCCGGGUCCAUGUGCCAUCUUUUCAGCCUGCCGUGCUUGGUGUAUGCCAGCAUGCUAAUUACAGGGUAAACACGCUGGUUCCUGGCUCCUCAAAGUGAAAAUGUGACUCUGUUAUUCACAGUAUAAUGAGCAGGAGCACUGUUUGCAUUUAUUAAAUACCCAAACUCACCAAGGAAACUGGUUGCGCUAGGAGUCUUCACAAAUGGAAGUACACACAAGCAGUAUUGGAAAGUUAAUUGUGCUUCAGGAGGUAAGUACGCUUUGUGCAGAUUAAUUCAUGAUGCAGUUAAUGUUAUAUAGCGAUAACAUAAGGUAAUGGUGUGAACUGAAGGCUUCCUGUCGGAACACUCCCUCAGCAGAGGACAGGAAAAGAGAGAUUGAUUUUAUACAGAAUAAUAUUACAGUAAUGUGCCAUUAAAUGAUUCUUUUUUAGGCUGAUCUAUGCUCCUAGCCAAUCUAGUUUUCUCACUGGGUAAAUUGUUAAGUUUUGGGGGGGGUGGGAGGAAUAUCUGAACCAUGACAUUAUGUAGAAGACACUAGUUUGAUUCCCAUAAAUGAACCACCGGUGACCUGCUUCUGAGCAGCUGGCAGGGUCGGCCACACCGAGCGACACCCUGCAAGGAGAAUCCUAAAAUAUGCGGGUUUAAUUAACCGUAAACGAGGUCCAUACACUUUGUUCUCAUAGAUUACCUUUUCGGGGCGUUUUCGCCCUGCACCCUUCGUGGUGUCAGCAAUAUUAAACACUUUUUUUAGGCUGAUAUUAUUGGUAACAGAUGGAGCGUGGCCUUAAAGGUCUAUUUUGAAAGCUCUGCGUGGGAGGUUCCUAGGAGGACCAGGCCCAUCUGCUGAAGUAAGGAUGACAGGAGUGAUGGCCAGCUUGUUAACCACACCGCACGCGCUCAGGUGCAAACAGGAGAACACGCCUCGCCCGUCAGAACAGAAAACAACCAGUCCAGCCUAAUUGUAUUCCAAAUGAAAUAUUCCUUGCCGUUUCAACUUUUUUUCUUAUCUUUGUACAAAAAAUGUAUUUUUCCACUGUAUUUUUCCCUGAAUGGUGUGUUCAUUAAAAUGAGUUUUUGCUCUGUGCUUUAAAAUUGGAGUUACUCAGUCCUUCCUUGUUCCUUGUUCCUUGGUAAAUAAACACCUAAAACC